CGAACGAACCGACCAAUCACGAAUCACAUUAUUGGCCAAUCACGUGUCUCCCUGCCUUGUCCCCCUGCUCAACUUCCUGUUUUUCCGGUGCGACGAAUAUUUAUCCGAACGGAAUAAAAAAUAGUUUUAGUCGACAGUCGACUUCAUCGUAACUUUGACGGGGCGAGUUGGAUUUGUGAGCACGCAGUUUGACUGAGGAGGAAUCAUCAUGGGAGGGAUAAAACAGGAACAGAAUGAUGCUCCACAGCAGCCAAAAGCCUCCCAGUCAACAACAGAACACCCUCAAGAAGAGCCCAAGAAGAGAGGAUGGCCAAAGGGCAAGAAAAGAAAGAAGGUGCUUCCAAAUGGCCCAAAGGCACCGGUUACCGGUUAUGUCCGCUUCUUGAAUGAGCGACGGGAGGUCAUGAGGGCCCGAUAUCCUGACCUGCCUUUCCCGGAAAUCACCAAGCGACUUGGAGCAGAAUGGACUCGAUUAGCACCAACCGACAAACAGCAUUACCUGGAUGAGGCGGAGCGCGAAAAGAUGCAGUAUGCUCAGGAACUGAAGGAAUAUCAUCAGACUGAGGCGUAUCAGAUCACCAGCGCCAAGAUACAAGACAAGAGAAUUAAAAAAGAGGACAAUCAGUCUGUAAUCAUCAGUGCAAGUUCAGGCUUGCCAAAGGCGCCUGAGCUCCCAGGCAGGUUUGAGAUCCCAAUCUUCACAGAGGAGUUCCUGGAUCAGAACAAAGCUAGAGAGGCAGAGCUGCGUCGACUCCGUAAGGCAAAUAUUGAGUUCGAGGAGCAGAAUGCAGUGCUGCAGAGGCACAUCAAGGAUAUGUACAAUGCCAAAGAGCGCCUUGAGGCUGAACUGGGACAGGAUGAGAAGCGCACGCAGGCUCUUCAUCAGCACCUGCUGGCCAUUAAACACACUCUGGUCAACAGUCUGUCUUCUGUCCCGCUACCAGGCACAAGUGAGACGGCAUCCCUUGGAAAUCUGGACUCGUAUCUCAGUCGUCUCAACGGAGUGCUCGAUGGGAACCCUCACAAGCACCGGGCCUUGCUCACGCAACUCUGCGACAUUCUCUCUCACGUCGACAGUGAGAAGUUAUAGGAGGGCCAAUCCAGUCUUCCGCCCCGAGUCAUUCCUGCACGAAGCACACAGAUUUAGAAUCGGCACCAUUUGAUCAUGUGGACAUCUCAUAGAAAAAAAGGACAGCCGUAUUCAUUUAAAAGUUUGCAUCACUUUUCUUCAGCAGUAUGUAAGUCAUUUAAAGUGUACAGACAACAUUUCCACUAUUAUCAUCUCUCUGCUUACUUUCUGAACCUGAAUAUUGCCGACAAUGGGACUAUAAUUAAGUUUACAAAUAAUGCCACUUGGCAUGGGUGGAUGGGAUGAUGUGUACUCAGUGUUAUUUAGCUUUUAUGGAUGAAUACAAAUUCAAUGCUGAGCAGUAUGCAUUUUACUUGACAUGGAUAAUGGAAUUUUACUCUUUUAUCAUUUUAUAUUUGUGAGAUGGUAUUUGUACUUUUAUUUCCCAAAUGCUGAUUGAACCAUGCUGAGAAUAUUUCCACUAGAAGUUAAAACCGAGCUUGUCUUUUUGUUUUUGUAAAAUGAUUUGAAACCACUAUUUACUUUGUUAAAAACAACAAACUAAAUGUGCUACUGAGAUUCAGUUUAUGCUCCUUAUUAAAAUGACUGCCCUUUCUGUAGAUAGUGAUUAUAAUGCUAAGAUUUGAUUGGUAUUGAUUUAACAAGUUCAUUGUUAGUCUGCAGUGGUGUUGAAGUCCACUGCAUCACACUAAGAGCUGUUUCUAAUACUGUACUUUGACCCCCUCAUUUACUUAAACGUGGUAUCUAAAAUAUUAAAAUCCCCUCUCUGCCUGUCAACUAACGUUAAUUCCUAAAUGGUGUCGCAAAAUGUACUUGUUAAAUUACCACCAGAACACUUUUUUUUAUCCUAGGGAUUCACCAGUGGUCCACGGGUCACACUUUGAGCGGCAAUGGUCUACAACUACAAGAGUAAACAUUAAUACAUGUAUUUAUUGAAUAUGAUUAUUACCUUGUCACAUUAGCGCCGAUGUUUUAACGUCUUAUUUGUGCAGGUGUUCCUGUUACAGCCAGUAGUUGUGUUAUAAGUCAUGAUGAUGGCCUCCAGCAGAUGGCACUGUUGAUGUUCAAAUUUAAAUCACAUUUAAAGGUCUUGUAAACGUUUUUUGUAAUUUUUUAAAACUAUAUUUUAAUGUAAUCGUUAUAAGGUUUUGUUUUGUUUCAAACUAAAUGUUAUCUAAUGCAGUUGUUGCUAUUUUUCUUGUAAUUAUUGUUUUAAAAGUUUUUGUAUUCGUAA